AUGCCGAUUCAGCAAAGGACGCAGAGGGCAGACUCCCUCCCACAAAGGGUCGAAACAGUCAUGGCCUGUCUGGGGCCACUCGACGGACGGGGUCGACCGGGGUGCUUGGCCGUAUCUGGACCGAGUGGGCGAGAAUCUCCAACCCGGCGAUUACGAUGA